AUGAACUUUUCACCAUAUUCACCAUCACCAGACGACGAUAGAACUUCUCGUUUGCCAAAAAAACCUAAACAACCAAAACAGCAACCACCCUCUUUCAGUUCAUACCAAGCGGGUAAUGCCGACUCUUUUGCUGAACAAGGACUUUUAAAUAAUGGCAGUAGCAGUAGCAGUAGUGCACCCAAUGGACAAUCUGUUCGUGUUAAUAAAUACGAAACCAGUCUACCCAUUCGUGUGGAUGUAGAAGCUUCAAUAGCCUAUGUUUUGGGUCCGGUAACUGGCUUAUUAUUGUUAAUUUUCGAAAGACAAAAUGAUUAUGUGAGAUUUCACGCAUGGCAGGUAAAAAUCUAG